CCACCGCCCACCCACCCCCUGCCCCCUCCCCCUUUUUCUCUCUCUAAAAGCCUCCCGUCUCCGCAGCUCCCGCGGCGGAUCUCCCCCUCCCCUCCGUCCCCGAUCGUCGCUCCCUCGCUCGCGCGCGCGCGCGCUUCGUCUUCCCGCCGCAUCUGUCUCCGGCCGCGCGGGGCGCGAUCGUCGUCGGGAAAAAGGGCCGUCGGGCGGCGUUUCGAUCGGCGGUCCGUUCGACAGAAGGCGAUCCUUCCUCCUCGCGCCUCUCGUCGGAGGACCGAGGAAACCGCGCGCGUUUUGAUCCGUCGCGGGUCGAGCUCGGUUUCGGCGCCGUUCCGGUUCCGGUUCCGAUUUUUAUCUGAUCGAGGAGCGGCUUCUGGUACCGGAGUAUCUUGUUGAUCGCGGUGUCCUGAUUUUUGCAAGCGCGGCGUAGCGGCGUCGUCGGCGUUGUUGUUCGUGAAUGGAGAAUUACGGCUCGUCGCCGCAUUAUCCGUACCACAAUCCCUACGCAUAUCCUCCGCCGCCGCAGCCGCAGCCGCCUCCGAAUCACGCCUAUCCGCCGCCGCCGCACCCGUACGCUUACCACGCUGCGAACUACGGGUACCCUCCUCACUACCCGCCCCCGCCGCCUCCCGCCGCCUAUUCCGGGCCCCUGGACUACCACCAGCCGUCGUCGGCGUCGCCGGCGUCCUCGCCCUCCCACUCCGGGCACUUGGAUUACCACCACCAACACCACCACCACGGAGGGCCGCCGGGUCCCGCCGGCUCGUAUCCUUACCAGUACCCAGCCGCGCCUCCUUCUCCUUCUCAGCAACCGUCCCUCCAGCACCACGGCAGCUUCCAGUAUGGUGCGGGCCACUACGACUACCAGCAGCAGCCGGCGCCGGAAGCCCACUCCCAUGCCCCUUCCCGCGCCCAGAGCUUCUCCGGCGGUUCUUACGGAGGCGACGCGUCUUCGGGUCAUGCGGCCGCCACGCAUGAUGCGUCCUCUAAUUACCCUUCCCUCUAUCCCCCGCUGGAUGAUCUCAUGAGUUCUAUGCGGAUAUCGGAAGGUCACUCGACCACCCCUGCUUCUCCUCCGGCUCCUGCGGUUCCAAACUUGGGGGGUCCUUCUCCGGAUUCGAGUUUCAGUAGUCAUGCGAAUUUCUACAGUUACCCGAAUGACUCGUUCUCGAGUAGCUGGGAGGGAAGUUCAGGCCGCUAUGAUGCGUCUCCUCAGCCUGCUUAUGUCCACUCGAGCUCGUUUAAUGGAUCGCAGCAUAGUCAGAGUCUGGAAAUAGUGCCCCUGCAACACCCCAAAGGAUCUUUGAAGGUUCUCCUCUUACAUGGUAAUUUGGAUAUUUGGGUACAUGAAGCAAGAAAUCUUCCAAAUAUGGACAUGUUCCACAAGACUCUGGGCGACGUAUUCAGUAAGUUGCCAGGAAAUGUGCAGAAUAAGAUUGAAGGGCAUAUGAGUAGCAAGGUUACCAGUGAUCCCUAUGUUACGAUAUCCGUGGCCAAUGCCGUCAUUGGUAGGACUUACGUGCUGAGCAACUCCGAAAAUCCUGCUUGGUGGCAACAUUUUAAUGUGCCUGUCGCUCACUGUGCUGCAGAAGUCCACUUUGUUGUUAAGGAUAGCGAUGUGGUAGGAUCACAACAAAUAGGAGUUGUUGCGAUUCCAAUAGAACGUAUAUAUUCAGGAGCAAAGAUUGAGAAUACUUAUCCAAUCUUGAACAGUAAUGGCAAGCCUUGUAAGCCUGGAGCAGUUUUGAGUUUAUCAAUUCAGUACAUUCCGAUAGAAAGACUCAGCACUUACCAUCAUGGUGUGGGGGCUGGUCCUGAUUAUCAAGGGGUUCCUGGCACAUAUUUUCCCCUAAGAAAAGGUGGAGCUGUUACUCUUUAUCAGGAUGCCCAUGUUCCAGAUGGUUCGCUUCCCAACGUGAAGCUUGAUGGUGGGAUGUAUUAUGCCCAUGGAAAGUGCUGGCAAGAUAUUUUUGAUGCAAUACGCCAGGCUCGAAAAUUGAUUUAUAUCACAGGCUGGUCUGUGUGGCACAAAGUUAGAUUGGUGCGGGAUGCUGCUUCAGGCUUAGAUAGCACCUUGGGGGAACUUUUGAGGACCAAGUCUCAAGAAGGAGUGAGAGUGCUGCUUCUUGUGUGGGAUGACCCUACUUCUAGGAACAUCUUGGGCUUUACAACAGAUGGGAUUAUGGCCACCCAUGAUGAGGAGACUCGCCGGUUUUUCAAGCAUUCGUCUGUGCAGGUGCUGCUUUGUCCUAGAGUUGCUGGAAAAAGGAAUAGUUGGAUCAAGCAAAGGGAAGUGGGAACAAUAUAUACACACCAUCAGAAAACUGUCAUUGUGGAUGCAGACGCCGGAAACUACAGAAGGAAAAUUAUAGCUUUCGUGGGAGGGCUUGAUCUAUGUGAUGGGCGAUACGACACUCCUCAACACCCUCUGUUUAGAACAUUGCAGACAGUGCAUAAAGACGACUACCAUAACCCUACUUUCUCUGGUAAUACUACUGGAGCCCCAAGAGAACCGUGGCAUGACUUGCAUAGCAAAAUUGAUGGUCCAGCUGCAUAUGAUGUCUUAAGCAACUUUGAGGAGCGCUGGUUAAGAGCUUCUAAACCCCAUGGGAUUAAAAAGCUGAAGUCAUAUGAUGAUGCUUUGCUCAGGAUAGAGAGAAUUCCAGAAAUUGUUGGGAUAUCUGAUGUUUCUUUUGCUAGGGAGGAUGAUCCUGAGUCAUGGCAUGUUCAGAUCUUUCGUUCGAUUGAUUCCAGCUCCGUUAAGGGCUUCCCAAAGGAUCCAAAAGAUGCCACCAAAAUGAAUCUGGUCUGUGGAAAGAAUGUGCUGAUUGACAUGAGCAUACAUACGGCAUAUGUAAAAGCCAUACGUUCUGCCCAACAUUUCAUCUAUAUCGAGAAUCAAUACUUCCUUGGAUCUUCCUACAACUGGAGUCAGCACAAGAACUUAGGUGCUAACAAUCUCAUUCCUAUGGAAAUUGCUCUCAAAAUCGCCAAUAAAAUUAGAGCACAUGAGAGAUUUGCUGCAUAUAUAGUAGUCCCUAUGUGGCCGGAGGGUGUCCCAACAGGUGCUGCCACACAAAGGAUUCUGUUUUGGCAGCAUAACACUAUGCAAAUGAUGUAUGAGACCAUAUACAAGGCCUUGGUGGAGGUUGGGCUUGAAGAAGCAUUUGCUCCGCAGGAUUUUUUGAACUUCUUCUGUCUCGGGAAUCGUGAGGCACCAGAUCGGAAUGAUACUUUACCGACUGGAAGUCCCAGUGCCCCAAAUACCCCUCAAGCACAAAGCCAGAAAAGUCGGAGAUUCAUGAUUUAUGUCCACUCAAAAGGCAUGAUAGUGGAUGAUGAGUAUGUGAUAUUGGGGUCAGCUAAUAUCAACCAGCGGUCUAUGGAGGGAACAAGAGACACUGAGAUUGCUAUGGGGGCCUACCAGCCUCAGCAUACAUGGGCGAGAAAAUCAUCUUAUCCACGUGGACAGAUUCAUGGAUAUAGAAUGUCACUGUGGGCUGAGCACAUCGGAGGGAUCGAGGAGUGCUUCACACAGCCAGAAAGUCUAGAAUGUGUGAAGAGGGUCAGAUCACUGGGCGAGUUGUACUGGCAACAAUUUGCAGCCGAGGAAGUGUCGGAGAUGCAUGGGCAUCUCCUAAAAUAUCUUGAAGUCGACCGGAAGGGCAAGGUGAAGCCUCUUUCAGGAUGCGAAAAUUUCCCGGAUGUCGGAGGAAGCAUCGUGGGCUCAUUUCUUGCCAUCCAAGAAAACCUAACCAUCUGAUCUGCUAUACACUUUAUCAAGUCGCUUGGAUUUCUGACUGAAGAUCGUGACGAGAGCACCAGUUUUAUUUUCCUCGUCAAGUUUAUUUCUUCAUGUACAGCUUCUGCUUCCUUGUUUAUUAUCAUGGACGGGGAAAUUAUUUAUGAAGCGUUUGCUUUCUUGUGUAACAGAGUUGACGGAUUGGAGAUCUACUAUUUUUGGCUGUACAAAGUACAUACUGAUUAUUGACCAAAUACCUUGUAAUAAUGAAAUGAAGGAAUGCAUACACGCCAGGAUCAUUUAUGCAGUUCU